AUGAAAGAAUGUAAGACCCCUGGUGUCCCGGGGUUCCGAGCAUUGCGGAGUUGGCAAGCACAGAGAGCGCAGAUGAUGGGGUUUCAAACUACGCACCACACCACGGCCCUCAACAACGAGUACUACGCCAAUCAUCCUGCCGAGUUAUUCCGCUUUAACCUCGCAAACCCGCUCAUACGCCCGCUCAUGCAUUUGUACCCGGAAGUUACGGGUCCCAUUUCUGAGUUCUUUCAAGCAAACAAGAUGCUCGGAAUGGAUAGCGCCAGUCUAGACCAAAGUCAGCUCAUGUGGGCGGACUGGAAAGGCUCACCACAACGCCAUUUCUACAUCAAAGAGCUCGCACAACUCAAAAAUGGCAACUUUGUCAUACCGCUGAAAUGGAUUACUGUCAGCGGUAUAGAGAGCUUCGAUGGGUACGCUGUGACUUACGACAAGACUAACAAGGUAUUUGCGGUCGAUUGCGAGCACCUUGUGCGCGUGGUCGCCACGAGUCUCUGGAAGAACUGUCUUGAUCUGAAAGCACAAGGCCACGUCUUCCUGUUCAGCGGAGCCGCACCGGAGUGGGUCGCGAACAUGCCGCAUCCUGUCCGGCAAAUUGCCAAAAGCAAGCCCACCAUCACGGUGACGAUGAUGCCGUGGAGUGACGAUGUAUCAGGAAACAAAACGAAGCAAUACAACGCUCACACGAACGUCUACAUCGCCAACACAAGUAUCCCGCACGCGAAGCUGCAGCAGGAAUACUUUAUUCAGUUUGUAUCGACGUCGCAGUAUGCGUCAUCAUCUGAGCAAAUGCAAGUAAUUGCGGAGCAUACCGGCCCCGAAAAGUGGUUCACCGCAUACGAUUGCAUCCUAAAGCAGGAAGUGUUGUUCAGAAUCAUACCACAUAUCUUGCCUGCCGACAACCCACAGCAGGCUGAGCAUUGCUCGCAUAUGACUGGGAAGGGAAGCCGUCCUUGUCGACGAUGCGAAGUAGGAGGAUCGGCGGCAGAAUGCGAGGAGGACGAAGGCUACGAGGAGUUUUUCUCAGGGGGUACCGAGCGCACGACCGCGAGCACUGUCAGCGCAAUUCGCGGACAGCUCUUGGCUGCGUGUCUUGGUGUUCAGGACGGCGUGGACCAGCUACAAACGAAAACCGGUAUCAAGGACAAGAUCGCACAGUUUUGGAUAGAGCAGCUCAUACCAAAAGCUCGCGAGCUCCAGAAUGCGCGCAUGAGCGAAGACGCUCGCCUGCGCGAUGCUUCUGUAAAAGGUGACGAACGGAAAGCGAUGAAAGACGCAAUCAAGAUCGAUAUUCAGCGAGAGCUCUUCCAGUGGCUUAUCGAGCAGCCAGAACGCACCUAUCGCAAUAUUCCAGAGGCUUCAGAGCUGCGACGCGACAUCCGUCCAGGGGAUCAUUAUAAUCCCCUUCUUAGCAUACCCAGCAUCAACGUCCAUCGGGACACUCCCUGCGAGAUCCUCCAUACGUACCUGCUUGGUGUCGACAAGUAUGUGUGGCAUAAGACCAACAGCGAGUGGGACAAGAAGAACGAGCAGCUGUUCGCAGUCCGACUGCGGGCGUCUAGCAUCAACGGCCUCACCCAGCUCCUCACCCUCACUUCAAUGCUUGACGAUUUCAUCAUCCAAUAUCCGAAUUCCCUCCUCGGCAAACACUUCAAGAUCUUGCAACAGCUCGCCGUCUUCCAUUUGUAUGACGGAGUCUGUCCGCCUGUCAUCUUCGACCUCUGGAAAGCCACCGGGGAGCUCGGCGCCGUCCUGUGGUUCCACAAGAUCGAUAACCUAGAUCUCUACCUAGCCGACCUUGAGACAUAUAUCGCCAACGUCCUCGACAUCUGGGCAAUACUGGAUCCUAAUCGCAUCCUCGUCAAGUUGAAGCUCCAUGUCCUGGCUCACCUCGUUGACGACAUCCGGCGACACGGCCCCGCGGUUCUGUAUUCGACCGAGAUCUUCGAAUGCUGGAAUGCCAUCUUCCGCUUGUGCAGCAUCUACUCAAAUCAUCACGGGCCUAGUCAUGAUAUCGCAGGACGUAUGGCUAGCCUCGAGCAGUUCAAGCACCAAGUGAGCGGCGGCUGGUGGAGAUCUUUGACGGGCAGCGAGUCCUCGGGCAGCGCCGCACCAGGCCCGCAGAUUCUCGAGGCACCAACCGACAGCGAUGCGCGCGAUGACGGCACCAACGCAGGUGCCAUGGACCCGCUUCCGGAAUAUGUGCGCGCCGGAGAAAAAGUCCGGACAUUCUUACAGUGCAAUCCUACACUUCAACGUCGACUUGGAUGGGUCAGCCCAUCUGUAUUAGUCGCCGGGACCGUCAAGCUGAUGGCGAAAGACAAGCAAGCACCAUCCGAGUGGAUCGUCGCACGAGGUCAGAAGGAGAUCCCUAUCCCAGAGGCUCUGUCCUCCCCGCAGUGCACAUGGUAUCACUGCAAAUACCUCGUAGCCCAAUCACGCGAUAUCUGCAAGCCGGACUCUUGGAUCUUCUUCCGGAAUCAAAAAGGCAUUGCUCGAGUAGGUCGCAUCAGCAAGAUCUUGUCGUGCCCUGAAGAGGGCCGUGCCGUGGCCAUAAUCGACAAAUAUGACAUUGAUCACGAGCGCGACACCUACUUCAACAUGCCUGUCAUCCACCGUAUCUGCGACCCGGAAGGACGCGGACAAUCCACUCAUAUCCCUGUUGAGUCCGUCAUUUUCAUAUUCAACGCCCAGCAUCACUGCCGCGCCUGUGGAUGCACGCGGCAGGAGGACCAGCAGAUCUUGCAAGAGCGCAAGUUAACCGGCCGCACAAGGAAGAUCAUCGGGCACGAGCCCAUCGGCCGUUACCUCCUCAACAUGCAUGCCCUCCACAAUGCGGCGCUCAUUCGGGAGGUCCUUCCGCGCGAACUUACCUCUCCCAUUCCCUACGUCGAUGACCGUGAAGCCCGACACCGGGAGCUCGCCGCCGCCAUGAGGAUAUCAGGCCCGCGCAAGCGUGCAGACGCGCAGGCCAAAGCCGCAGAAACGCGCGCGCGCAACAAGAAUGCCAAACAAGGGGGGUAG